ACCGGCCCUGCACCCCUCCGCCCGGACGCAUCGUUUGCGUGUGUAUGUGUGAGUUUGCGGAGCGCAGAAGCGGACGCGCGCCUGCUGAUGCAAUGAAGCCGGCGCACUGGAGCGGACUUGCGGCGCUGAGUGCCUCAUCAGGUCCCGGGACCUGUUGCUGACAAGCCGGUGGAGAAAAUACUGAGAAGGUGGAAGGGGGCGGAGGGGGGGGACCCGGCGGAUUGGGAAGGUACUGCCCAGCGAACGAAGGCUGCAGUUCCUUUGCUGAGAAAACCAUGCGGUUAGCUAUCCAGCUGGUGAGACUCACGUGUCACCUCUUAACUCUCGUCUGGAUGUCGUCGGAGUACCGAUUGCACCCAAAGCAAGAAAAAUUUGUUAAACAGCUGUCCUCCUAUGAAAUCGUUACCCCGCUGCGAGUGAAUGAUUUCGGAGAAACUUUUCCGCACGCCUUGCACUACAGGAGGAAACGCAGGAGUUUGGAGGCGACCUUCCCCGGCUUGCGGGCUCACUACCGAGUCGACGCUUUCGGACAGCGUUUCCAUCUCAAUCUGACGGCUGAUUCCGGAUUUAUUUCCCCAUCCUACACGGUGACACACGUGGGAGGGCUGGACAGCAAUGAGAGCUUCCCCCAGGAUGUCGCCAGUGACAUGAGGCACUGCUUCUUCCGUGGACACGUCAACGCCGAGACGGAGUUCAAGGCUAUCUUCAGCCUCUGUACUGGCCUUAUCGGGACCUUCACGACCCGGAGCGGCGAGUACUUUCUGGAGCCUCUGAUGCCGGUGGAGGGUGAGGAAUACGAUGAGGAGCACAACAAGCCGCACCUGGUCUAUAGGCACGAGAGGAAGAGGCGGAGUUCCAGGCCAGGCUCCCCUGAAGUGUGUGCAGUCCGUGAAGGUGUUUUGGAGAACGAGAACGUUCUCCAUAGCCGCAGAGGCGCUGGAGAGGAGGCAGAUGCUCAUCUCUCAGGAACCGACUCCAGCGCCCGGAAUUUCCACUCCCAGUCACGACAGAAGAGGUUCCUCUCAUACCCCCGAUACGUGGAGCUGAUGGUGACCGCUGAUGCCAAGAUGACCAGGCACCAUGGACACAACCUGGAGAACUACAUCCUGACAAUCAUGUCAGUAGUGGCUGCAAUCUACAGGGACCCCAGUGUGGGGAAUCUCAUCACCGUUACCAUUGUUAAGCUGAUCGUUAUCCAUAAUGAGCAGGAUGGACCGUCCAUAAGUUAUAAUGCCGCUUCUACACUCCACAGCUUCUGUGUGUGGCAGCAGAGUCAGAACGUUCCGGACGACAACCACCCGUCGCACCACGACACCGCACUGCUCAUCACCAGGGAGGACAUCUGCAGGGCCAAAGACAAAUGCGACACGCUGGGCCUGGCAGAGCUGGGGACCAUGUGUGAUCCGUACCGGAGCUGCUCCAUCAGCGAGGAAAAUGGCCUGAGCGCCUCCUUCACCAUCGCACACGAACUGGGCCACGUGUUCAAUAUGCCCCACGACGACAAUCCGAAAUGCAGGGAGGCUGGGAUGAAACCGCAGUACCACGUCAUGGCCCCCAUGCUCAAUGACGAGACCAGCCCCUGGACGUGGUCCAAGUGCAGCCGGAAGUACAUCACCGACUUCCUUGACACCGGGUAUGGGGAAUGCCUUCUGGAUGAGCCAGAGCUUUUCAGAUCCUACCGCUUGCCACCUCAGCUCCCAGGCCAGCUAUACAGCGCCGACAAGCAGUGCGAGCUCAUGUUCGGCCCAGGAUCCCAGGUCUGCCCGUACAUGAGACAGUGCAAACGACUGUGGUGCACCAGCACAGAGGGGAACCACAAAGGCUGCCGCACUCAGCACAUGCCCCUGGCCGACGGCUCUGACUGCGGCCAUGGAAUGCACUGCCAACACGGGCUCUGUGUGAGCAAGGAUGCAGAUCUGCGGCCCUUGGACGGGAUGUGGGGCCCCUGGGGGCCCUACAGCGCCUGUUCGCGGCCCUGCGGAGGGGGCACCAAGAGCACAGUCAGAGAUUGCAACAAACCUGAGCCCAGGAACGGGGGUCGCUUCUGCGUGGGCCGCAGGAUGAAGUUCCGUUCCUGUGGCACGGAUCCCUGCCCCCGUGACCGCAGGGACUUCCGCGAGGAGCAGUGUGCCCAGUUUGAUGGCCGCCAUUUCAACAUCAACGGCCUGCUGCCCAGCGUCCGCUGGGUGCCCAAGUACAGCGGAAUCCUCAUGAAGGACCGGUGUAAGCUCUUCUGCAGGGUGGCGGGGAAGACAGCCUACUACCAGCUGAGGGACCGCGUCAUCGACGGCACACAAUGCAGCCCCGACACCAAUGACAUCUGCGUCCAGGGCCUGUGCAGGCAAGCAGGCUGUGACCAUGUGCUGAACUCCAAAGCCAGGCACGACAGAUGUGGAGUGUGCGGAGGAGAUAACUCGUCCUGCCGGGCCGUGAGCGGGACCUUCGAUGACGGCCAGUAUGGCUAUAAUAUCAUUGUGCGAAUCCCUGCCGGAGCCACCAACAUCGACAUAACGCAAACCAGUUACUCAGGAAAACCAGAGGAUGACAACUACCUUGCUUUAUCUGACAGCCAGUCCAACUUUAUCCUGAAUGGGAAUUUUGUGGUGGCCAUGUUUAAGCGGGAGGUGACGGUCAAGGGGGCCGUCAUCGAGUACAGCGGGUCGGACGCCAUAGUGGAGCGCAUUAACUGCACCGAUAGGACCGAGGAGGAGCUUGUGCUUCAGGUGCUGUGUGUGGGGAACCUGCACAACCCAGACGUGCGAUACUCCUUCAACAUCCCCGUCGAGGAGAAACUGGAGAAGUUUGUCUGGAGCACUUCUGGAUCGUGGCAGGACUGCAGCCGGGUUUGUCAGGGUGAGAGGAGACGCAAAGUGACGUGCGUCCGGAAGAGUGACCACCAGGUGGCAUCAGACCAGCGAUGUCACCAACUACCCCAACCUGACCCCAUCAGCGAGCCAUGCAACACUCACUGUGAACUCAGGUGGCACGUGGCAGGCAGAAGCGAGUGCUCUGUGCGGUGCGGCCCGGGCCACCGCACCCUGGACGUCCAGUGCGUAAAAUACAGCCGGCUGGCGGAGCGCAGUGAGUGGGCGGAGCCUGCAGCCUGCGGCGAGAUGCCCAAGCCGCCCUCGCGGGAAUCUUGCCACGGCGACUGCUUGCUGCAGAGCUGGCAUUAUAGUGCUUGGUCCCAGUGCUCCAAAACUUGUGGCCGCGGCACACGAACCCGAGAGUCAUACUGCAUGAGCAGCCUGGGCCGCCAGCUAUCAGACCAUGAGUGCGCCGGCCUUCCCCGCCACACCGCAGAGACCUGCGCCGACACAGCCUGCCCCGAGUGGGCGUCCGGCGAGUGGAGUGAAUGUCUGGUGACCUGUGGAAAGGGCUCGAGGCACCGAGAGGUCUUCUGCCGCAUGGGUGAGGAGACGCUCAAUGAGCAGCUCUGUGACCCAGACAACAAGCCCCUGUCAGUGGGGGUCUGCCAGCUACCCGAAUGCGCGUCCUGGCAAGUCGCGGCCUGGGGUAUGUGCACUGUGACCUGUGGCCAUGGCUACCAGAUGCGGGCGGUGCGCUGCGUGUCGGGGACCUACGGAGAGACACUGGAUGACUGGGAGUGCAACGCCGCCUCCAGACCCAGGGACAAUCAGGACUGUGAGCUGGUGGCCUGCCCCCGUGCCCUCCCGAUUCUCAGCACCGAUCAUCCUGCAGACCACGGCUCCCACUCCACCCAGUGGAGAUACGGAUCCUGGACAACGUGCUCGGUGUCCUGUGGGAGGGGUACGAGAGCUCGCUACGUCAGCUGCCGGGACACCCACGGUGGCGUCGCAGAUGAGGCCUACUGUGCACACUUGUCCCGUCCCCCAGAAUCCUCAGCGUGCUUCCAACCAUGUGGCCAAUGGCGGGCGGGAGACUGGUCUCCGUGUUCAGUAACCUGUGGUGUUGGGCAGACGACCAGGCAAGUGGUCUGCAGUACCUACCACCACCAGGUGGGGGCAGAGGUCUGUGACCCAGACGAACGUCCAGCUGCAGAGCAGGAGUGCAUCACGGUGCCGUGUCAGUCUGUCUAUCGCCCAGGCAACCAGCCCCAGUUGCCCAACACGGACUACCCCUAUGAGCCAGGCAGUCACCCUGGGCACAGCAGUUGGAAUGUACCAUCUGCUAACAACCAAUGGAGGACGGGGCCCUGGGGGGGGUGCUCCAGCACGUGCGCCGGGGGCUUCCAGCGGAGGGUGGUGGUCUGCCAGGACCUGGAGGGCCACCCCUCAUGGAGCUGCGAGGAGAAAGUGAAGCCGGCCGAGACGAAGAGCUGCAUGUCGGGCCCCUGCCCGCAGUGGAACCAUGGAGUCUGGGGCGAGUGCACGCAGUCAUGUGGCGGUGGGAGCAGGACGCGCCUCGUGGUCUGCCAGGGCUCCAGCGGGCAGAGACUGAACGAGCGAAGCUGCGAUGAGCAGGAGCGCCCCCUAGAGGCGGAGCUGUGCAACACGCAGUCCUGCCCCGGGGCCUCGUCCUGGCUCCGGCGCCCGUGGAAACCGUGUUCAGCGAGCUGCGGCAGAGGGACCAAGCAGCGUGACGUGACCUGCAUAGACGAGAGGCAGACGGAGGUGCCGGCAGAGCAGUGCGCCCAUCAGCCGCGCCCUCGCACCCGGAAGGCCUGCCGGGCGCAGAGAUGCCCCAGCUGGAAGGCCAACCGCUGGGCCAUGUGUUCUGUGAGCUGUGGAGCAGGGCUCCAGGCUCGGGAGGUCUACUGCAGGCUGAGAGGCGCAGGACGUGUCCGGGAAGAUCUGUGUGACCCUCUGACAAGGCCCCCCAGCACGCAGCCGUGCCUCAGCUCGGGCUGCCCUCACCACACCUGGAUGGUCCACAAGUGGCGGGAGUGCAAUGUCACCUGUGGCUUGGGUUGGAGGAGCAGGGAGGUGCUGUGUAUAGACCAGGCUGGGAGGUCUGCUCACUACAGCCUCUGUGACCCAGGUUCCAAACCCGUGCAGCACCAGUCCUGCCGGCGGGAGCCUUGCCAGUACACGUGGAGGACAGGAGACUGGUCUGAGUGUUCAGUCAGCUGUGGCCCCGGCAUCCAGCAGCGAAUGGUCAUCUGCUCCAAGGUGCACUCUUCAGAGGACCCCCCCUCGCAUGCGGUCCAGACCCCGCCUCACCCUGACUGCCCCCGGCCCCACCCUGCCGAUACGCAACCCUGCCUGUUGGCGGAGUGCCCUGCAUUUGCCUCAUGGACAGUUGGCCCUUGGAGUGAGUGCUCCCAGACCUGCGGAGACGGAGUGAGGGACAGGCGGGUAGCGUGUCUCACUGAGAAUGCCCUCCCGGCCUGGAGCUGCAAUCCAGCGGAGAUGCCCAAACCUAAGGCCCCUUGUCAUGAGAGACAAUGUGACGUGCUGACCAGCUGCAAAGAGCUUCAGCAGAAAAGCAGCAUGAAGAAGGAUGAUGAGUAUUAUCUCAGAGUCAGCUCGAGGAUUCUCCAGAUCUACUGUGCGGAGAUGCGGUCCCAGGCUCCCAAGGAGUACGUCACCUUGCGCAGUGGUCAGAUGGACAACUUCUCAGAGGUUUACGGGUUCAGGUUACAGAACCCAUUCGAAUGUCCGUUCAAUGGCAGCAGAAGGAGGGACUGCGUCUGCAGCAAUGACUACACAGCAGCCGGCUACACCAUUUUUCACAAGGUCCGGAUUGACCUCAGUGCCAUGCGGAUAAUCACCACGGACCUGCGAUUCUCCCAGACGCCACUAGGUCACGCUGUGCCUUUCGGCACCGCAGGAGAUUGCUACAGCGCCGCCAAGUGUCCACAGGGUCAGUUCAGCAUCAACCUCACUGGUACCGGCCUGAAGAUUGCGGAGGAGGCUAAGUGGGUCUCCAGGGGUAAUUACGCCACUGCUAAGGUGCACAGGUCUGAGGACGGGGUGAGGAUUUACGGACGCUGUGGCGGAUUUUGCGGGAAAUGCGUCCCUCAGUCGCAAUCUGGCCUCCCCGUGCAAGUCCGCUGAGGGACAGGCUCCCGACUCCUGAGCAAGACACGAGACUCUCCCCGGAAACCACUCGCUCUCGUACCCAGGACUGUGCGACCAUUUCUGGCAGCUAAGCCCUACAGGAGACCGCAGGUCAGACCCUGCUCUCUGCCAGAAUCACCGGCCUGCCUUUCAACAAGUGUAACGCGAACCAAAUGUAUUCGUGCGUCGGAAUAUAGGAAGCAGACUUGGGGCCUUUAUCGCCGCUGUGUGCUUCACUGUAACUCAUGCAUUCUUACGUCCUUUUUCCUUUGACGAAAGAGAAACACUGUGGUUGUGUUGCAAAGCUGUCGUACCAAGUAACCUUUCAGCUUCAGGGGUCAUGUGUGUGUCUGACAUUCGAUAAACCGAAAAAUAAGAAUUUUAGUCGUUGAAAACUUUCAAAACUCCCAUACACUGGAGCUCUGUUAAAUUUCUUUUUAUUGACACCGAAAAGUACGCAUUAAUGUAGAAAAGCAUAGCCUCAGUGUGUUUUUCUCUGAUUACCGAUAACAAAAUGCUCACCUUGGCUGUAGGAGAUCAUGUGCCCAGAUUAACAUACCGAAAGUGUCGCGUGAUCAUGGUUGCCUGUAUUAUACUAGGUUUUAGACUAACAGCAAAUGGGACUUGCCUUAUUUCAAAGGCUAAAAUAGUUUAGAAUGCAAAGCUAUAGACCAUCAAUGCGAAAUCCUGUCGUUGGCUAUCAGCAUCCUUACAGCCGCUUAAGAGAGACAGGUAGGAAUUCUCAGAAAGCAGAAACUAACCAAGUUCUUUUGGAGAGACUGAAGCGUGUUCGUCGAUACGGUGAAUGACUUACUCUUCCGUCCGGAUAACCCGGGGCAGUCCGAGCCGCAGAGCUCGACGGCAGGUGCACGCCAAUCCUACCUCUAACUCACAAGCAUGUAAACAGAACAGCAAAUGUACUUUAUGACUGUUAAAUAUUUAUGUUAGACCAUAUUUAUUCUGUAAUGUUGUGUAGAUGCAUUCGGCACAGGCAGCUGUACAGAAUACAUGCUAUUACGUUUCUGCAGAGAGCGACAGCCGUGAGCACUGUGACCUCUAACCACAGAGAACAGCUCUCCGGUCUUUAACUACUGAAACCUUCUGAGCUUUUACAGAAGCGCUGCACUGUCUCUAAACGCUUCCCUUACAUGUACUGAUAACAUCAUGCAUAUUUACCUUCUAACGUGCAUAAUCCUUUUCACAAAUCCAGGUAGCCUUUAGCUAGAACCAAAGUUUGAUAUGGUUUUAAGUGUUCUUAACAGGUAAAGCAGCUAUUUUAAUUUAAAGGAGAAUUCCACCCAAAAAUGAAUCUUUUGUUUUUAAAUUUUAAUCAGAACACGCCCUGGCCGUACACUGUCAUUCACGCAGAAACGGGGUCGUGGUUUUUGGUCCCACUCACUAAGUCACCAUCCCCCUCCACUGUAGUGACUAUUUGUGACCAGCAGGGGCCCCCAAUUUCAGGGGCCCCACAGAAAUGCGCGGUAUGAGUGGUGGUGAGCACCGUCGCUGCAUAUACAGCAAGCUCACCAGAACACUUGGAAAAUUUCAGAUCACUCCCAGUCCUGUUCUUUUUCCCAGAAAUUUCAAGCAGUUGUAGUUUUGUUUGUAAAAUUGUCACGUUCCCAGGAUUCAUUGGAAUGAGGAUUAAAAGAGGAUGAGCUCUCCCCUGGAGAGAAACUGCCACCUAGAGGCCAAUCAUCCACAUAGCAGGGAAAAAAUAAUUACAUCUUAAUAUUAAUUCUGAAGAACGCUAAAUCGAAUCUGGUGGAAUUCUCCUUUAAGAAACCAACAUGUGAAAUUUGAGCAGCUAAAUUUAACCAGCAAUUAUUAUUAACUGAUGGGUAAUUCUACUUUGAGGUCUGUAUCAGAAUUGUUUUUAAGUACUUGAUGCACUGUGUGCCUUUUUGUAGAAGCAUACUUAUAUAACAUAAUGUGUUAUAGAUAAUGUUAUUAUAACUGUAUAAAAUAUGGUGCUAUUUUGCUAUGUAUUAUCCAAAGAAAUUGUUUUUCUUAAUAUCUGUAGUGAUAUGGUUUUGGUAAAAAAAUUAAGGAUUACAGAAAUACUUUCAAGAUUUUGGUGACGUUACAAGUUUUAUAGGUUUGGUUAGAAUACUGAGUAAUUACAUUACAUUGAAGCCUGGAUUACCAAUGGAUAUUUUCUGUGCUUUUAACCCAGUAUAAAUAGGCACAAACCUGCCUUUAUGUUUGAAGACAGACCCUCUUUUGAGUAGCAUUAAUAACCCAUUAUUAUAUUUACAACCAGUUAUUAAAUUAUUGCCAGUUUUUAAAAUGUAUUUGAAUUAUAGUAUGUUAUUCUGAUUUUCUUUGAUCUUCUUGACAUUCAGACUAAUUUUCCAGGGCUGGUCUGGGCUCAGGUGCUGUAACUUUUUGUAUGUUUCCCAGAAAAGGUGCAACUAAAUGAAGAGCACGGCAGUAUGUAACCGUAUGAAGAGAUUUACGGUGCCAAACGUGAAUAUUAAAAAAUAUACAGGA